UGUUGCUUGGCGCUAGGUGAUGAGGGAGUGUGGAGGGGCUUGAGUCGCCGGUAACCGGGAGAUAGGGAGGGUAUGGCGGCGGCUGCCGCCGCUCCCUCUGCGGCUCCCGCUGUGCCUCCUCCACCGCCUCCUGCUUCGGGCUCGGGAAGAUUACCAAGCCGUGUGCUGGAGCUGGUAUUCUCCUACCUGGAGCUGUCAGACCUCCGGAGCUGCGGCCUGGUGUGUAAGCAUUGGCAUCGCUGCCUGCACGGGGACGAGAAUAACGACGUGUGGAGGAGCCUGUGCCUGCGGACGGUCAGCGAGGAAGCCCUGCGCACCGACGUGCUCUGCAACCUGCCCACGUACAAGGCGAGGGUCCGAGCCAUCCAGCAUGGAUUCAGCUCCAAUGACUGCUCUAGGAACGUGUACAUCAAGAAAAAUGGUUUUACUCUGCAUCGGAAUCCAAUCGCUCAGAGCACUGAUGGGGCACGCACCAAAAUUGGCUUUAGCGAGGGGCGUCAUGCCUGGGAAGUAUGGUGGGAAGGUCCGCUUGGCACAGUGGCGGUAAUUGGCAUUGCGACAAAACGGGCUCCCAUGCAGUGCCAGGGUUAUGUGGCGCUCCUUGGCAGUGAUGACCAGAGUUGGGGCUGGAACCUAGUUGAUAAUAAUCUGUUGCACAAUGGAGAAGUGAAUGGAAGUUUUCCUCAGUGCAAUAAUGCCCCCAAGUAUCAGAUAGGUGAAAGGAUCAGAGUCAUCUUGGAUAUGGAAGACAAGACCUUGGCCUUUGAGCGCGGCUAUGAGUUUUUAGGAGUGGCAUUUAGGGGACUUCCAAAGACCUGUCUAUAUCCAGCAGUUUCAGCCGUCUAUGGAAACACAGAAGUGACAUUGGUCUACUUAGGGAAGCCACUGGAUGGGUGAUGCAUCUCCAGAAGUUGGCUGUGGCCAGACAGGAGGGGCUGUGCAUGCAAUGGAGCAGAAGGCACAACCUGCUCUGCAGGUACCCACAGGACAGAAGUGACCAGGGGAUCAUCCUUCUUACGUUCCAGCUCAUCUCCUGUGAUCGCUGAGAGUCUGUGGGUUGUUGCUGUGUGUAUGGCGAUUAUGGGUUUAUUUUUUAUCCCAGUUGUUGUUGUGUCGGUUUGGUGAUUGUGCAAUGGAAACCAGUGUCUUUAGCUAAUGGAUGCAGAGAUGAGGGGAGCAAAGUAUAUCGCCCCCUUCUUUCCGGAGAGGGACUCUUUUAUGGUGUUGUAUGGUCUCUCCAUUUAUUAUGCCCUAGCCGUAAUAUCUGGCAUAAGGGUAUAUGAUGGGUUUUAUCCAUGCCUCUUUUUAAGCCUUCAUUACUUGGUAUCUCUAGGGUACUUUUUAUUUUAUUUUUUUUCUCCGAUGGCUCACUCAGGUCUUUUAUUUUAUUUUUUUAUAUUUUUUUUAUUAAAGGGAAGGUAUGAUUUUGAACAUUUUAUUACUGACUAUUUGAAAUGAUUUUUAAGGAACAUUCCAGGCGACUGUCAGUGUUAUGUAGAAUGCAAGGUCUGGGGGAGGUCAGGCAUGAAUCCUUAUGGCAUUCACCACCCCUUGCACCAGGCAUAACAGUGUAUCUGUUUUUGCCCCGCAUGUUCCUUUUAAUGCAUGCCACAUGUAAAGUACAGCUUGAAGAAGAAUGCAUUUUAACUGUUACAGCGGUAUGUUGGGACUAUUUGGUUAACUAGAUCAGACAGGAGGAUUGUAAAAGUAUUUUUUUUUUUUUCUUGGUAUCCUAAAUCACUGCCUUUAGUAAUCUCUACAAUUAUGUAAAAUCAUAACUGUCAUGAUCGAGAGUCUUUCUGCCAUGGAGACUAUUAUAAUCUACAUUGUGUUUUUCUUGACCGCCCAUUGUGGAUAUGCCCUGGAAACUGUUAUCUGGCAAUGAUAUCAUUGGAUGGGUUGUGUAUUUCUACUGGGUGGCUCAUAAGCAGUGUUUCCUAACACCGUUGUUCAAGACUUGGAAUAUUAUAAAGUCUUAGGUUUAUAUAUAUUUUGCAGCAAGAAAUGGCAUUAAUCCAUGUCUUUAUUUCCUGACAAUCACACAUACAGUGUACGGCCGGUGUCCACCUCUGCAAUCUAUUUUGUCCAUUGCAACCAAAAUAAAAAUGAGGCGACUUUUACAAA